AUGGCGUUCGACCUUGCGCCGGGAGCUCCCGACGGCGUCAUGUCGGAGGACCUGCGCGAGAAGCAAGACGAGGACCAGGACGAGGAGCAGGACCUGGCGGACGAGCAGGACGAGGAAUUCGCCGCGGAGAGCACGCGGGAGGAGGACGACGAGAGCAUGGACGAUAACGGGGACUCCACCGAUUUCGUCUGCACCCCCAUGCCCCCGUGCGUCAGUCAGGGUGGGCAUUUGAUCUCAAUCCCCCCCCAACCUCCUUAUCCCCUGCAGGGCGGUCGUAUAGGUAGAUAUCCCAUGUCUCCUUUAUUCGAUGCGCGUCAGCUUGUCGACGGCGCCGCCGCCAGUCUGAACGAGAGGUGCUGUCUGGUUUCACCCGUGCUGUACAUUAUUGCAUUUUGUUUGAUUUAA